CAUGUCGUCACAGUUCCAAUAUGGACGGUCAGCAUCGACAGCACGAUUUUCUAUCCUAAGAUAGUGAACAAAUCACGCAACUCCCCCGACUCAUAAUCACCCUGAAAUUUAAUUUAUUAACUAAUUAUGUCGGAUUAUUUCAAAUCUGCUUUUGGUUAUCUGAAUGGCAAUGGCAGUACUAAUGAAUACGUGGGACAAGUGGUGGAGAUCAACAAUGUGAAAUUACGAGUUAACAGAUUAAUUGCUGAGGGUGGCUGGGCACUCGUAUAUGCCGUCGAGGAUCUAGCCACAGGCAAGGAGUAUGCAUUAAAGAAAUUGAUUGCAGUUGACGAGGAAGCAAAUAAAACUAUAAUCCAAGAAAUCGAGACACUGAAGAGGCUCUCAGGUCAUUCAAACAUAAUCCAGUACCUAUGCGCCCAGCGCUUGGAACGAGAAGAUAAGAAGUCAUGUGAAUAUCUCUUAGUGACCGAGCUAUGUCCCGGAGGUACCUUAGCUGAUGUGCUGAGGUGCCUUACAACGCCUCCAUCGCUCCCCCAGAUCUGCAAAAUAGCUUAUCAAGCAACACGAGCAGUCCACCACAUGCACAGUCAGCAGCCCCAACCAAUAGUUCACUGGGACAUAAAACUAGAGAAUUUCCUACUUUCAGAGGAAGGAAUACUAAAGCUCUGUGACUUUGGGAGUGCUUCCACGCAACAGAUCCUCCCAGACCCUUCUUGGAGUGCCCAGAGACGUUCUACCCUCGAGGAUCAAAUGUCCAGGUACACAACUCCCAUGUACAGAUCCCCAGAAAUGAUGGACACGUGGAACAAUGAACCAAUAGGUCCCCCAGCUGAUUGCUGGGCAUUAGGAUGUAUUCUCUACUCGUUAGUGACACUGCGGCAUCCCUUCCCGGAGGGUAAUAAACUCGCCAUUGUAAACGCCAAGUACUCACCACCACCCCCUAAUCCUCGACUAUCCUGUCUGCACGACUUAAUCAGAGGGUGCCUGGAGGCAUCGCCCAUCACACGAAUGACAACAUCGAGCUUGUUGGAACGCCUAGCAGCUAUUGCUGAAUCAAAUAAUUUUGACCCCAGGGAACCAGCCAAGAUCGAAGCACCUCCUCCCAGACCUAAUAAUCCACCUGUGCAAAAUUCAACUCCGCCACCUAGACCAUCACCACCAGUUGCACAGCAGCAAAUACCUGCAGCACCUCCUCGACCUUCGCCAAACUAUCAAACGAAAAGUCCACAGGUUCAGGCUGGCUCUGGACUCUUCAGCUCUCUUCGGGGUGGUGCUGGUAGCAUCCUCAAGAAUCUCAAGGACACCUCCAGCAAGGUAAUGCAUACAGUCCAGCAAAGUAUGGCUCGUAACGAGCUCGACGCCAGUUAUCUGACAUCGAGGAUCCUGGUGAUGCCAUAUCCAGUCGAUGGAAUUGAGUCAGCUUAUCGAGCGAAUCACGUGGAAGACGUAAGGGCCUAUCUUCAAAGUAGACAUCCACCUCCAGCGAAAAUUCAACUUUAUAACCUAUCCCGAGGACGACCCAAUGUUACGCGGCUCCCUGGAAAGCACAUUGACUGCAAUUUCGCUUAUGCCACACCUGAUGCAAAUGCUCCUCUACUAUCCGCUCUCUAUCAGAUCUGUCAGGACAUCUACAGAUACCUCGACGCAGACUUCAAUCACAUUGUCGUCCUCUAUUGCUCAGACGGUUGCAGAGCAAGUGCAACAGUUGCCUGCGCUCUAUUACUGUACUCUGGAGUAUUAGCAACUCCUGAGGAAGCUAUCAAUCUAUUCACAACACGGAGAUGUCAGCCUCCAAUUCUUCAGCCCUCGGAGUUUAAGACUAUUAAUUACAUGAGUAUAUUGCACUCUGGGGUGCAUCCGCAUACAAGGCCUCUAGCACUUAGAUCUAUUAUUCUUCAACCGGUUCCAUUGUUCACUAGGGCUAGGGAUGGCUGCAGACCCUAUGUUGAAAUUUACAGCAACGGAGCUCUGGUUUACUCUACUAAACGCGCUGAGUACGAUGAGAUGAAACUUUUUGACAUGAUGGAGGGAAAGGCGUGUUUAAUUCUUGGCGAUGCCACAGUUAGGGGGGACGUUACCCUCGUUAUUUUUCAUGCUAGACAGCAAUUGGGAAGGGUUAUUGGGAUUAAAAUUGCUGCGUUGCAUUUCCAUACUGGGUAUGUGCCUGCCAAUGAAUCCACUUUGGAGUUUGAAAGGAAAGACUUGGAUGAUACACCAGAGAUUGGUGGGCAAUUCAGGAUAAUACUGAAUGUCAUGAUCGGAGAAGAGAGUACGAAAACCUCGAGGAUUCCAGCUCCCUGGGAGGUAGAAGCCUCUCGAGUCGAAAAUUUGACUCCUGACCCACUCUUCGCCUCGACUCUUGAGAUGGAAGAAACCCUGGAGAACUUUAGAACAGUUUCUCAGCCUAAAAGAGCCCCAGAGAGGCCUCCUCCGCCUGUAGCCACUGCCCCAGUGCCUGAGGAGCCCCUCAAUACUCCAGAUCCUGAUCUUCCAACAGAAGUGGAAGAACUCAUUCAAAAUUCAGUUAUAGAUUUCGAAGAGGCUGAUCUCCUUAACCUGGGGACGUCCUCUGAACCAACCAACAACGUGAAUGUAGUUAAGCCAAAUCCAAAUCUGGACAUAUUUUCAGGCCAAGCGCCUAGUGACAUUUUCGGAGGAUUUGCAUCAUUUUCACAGCCAGAAACAGAACAAAUUUCCAAUGACAGCAAGACCGAUCUACUGUUUGGGAAUCAGGGAACUGGCAAUGAUCUCUUAUUCGGACAGAAUAAACUCCAAAAAUCAUCGCCUGGUGAUUUUCUGUUCGAUCCAUUGGGCUCCACAGGUGCCAAUGAUCUCGUGGGCAGCUGGGGUGGGACAAAAGGUACAACACUGAAGACCCCCGGUGAGGAACUACCUCGCAACUCCAGUGUUCCCAAUUUCUCAGCUCAGAACAAAGAUCCAUUUGCUAAUUUAGCUGGAUCACUAGGUGCUGGACUGAAUUCAAGUUGGAAUGGCACACCACGUGACUCAAAUACUCCACAAUCGUCUAGUCCAGCUGCAACUGGUACUCCAGUACAUUCUAGUCCACGUAUGCACAAUAAGACAAAUCUCAAUAAUGAGGGGAAUAGCGAAUCUGUUUUUAAUAGUAGUAAGACGACCGCUAAAAGUGGCGAUGCUUUUGAGGAUUUGCUGGGAAGUCAGGGUUACAAUUUCUUCAGUUCGAGAAAAGCUGACAAGGACAGCCCCAAGACUAUAAAUCAGAUGCGGAAAGUCGAGCAGGCGAAGACUAUGGAUCCUGACAGGAUGAAAGUCAAUGAGUGGACUGAGGGAAAGAAGGGUAAUCUCAGGGUACUUUUGUGCUCCUUGCAUACGGUACUUUGGCCGGAGGCUGACAGAUGGCAGAAGUAUGAAAUGCAUCAGCUGGUUUCUCCUGCUGAUGUCAAGAAGGCGUAUAGGAAGGCUUGUCUUGCUGUGCAUCCUGAUAAGCAAGCUGGAACUGCCAAUGAGAACAUAGCAAAGCUCAUCUUCAUGGAACUGAAUAACGCAUGGAGUGCAUUCGAGAGUGAUGCGUCCCAGCAGAAUCUUUUUAGUUAAUUCUAGCAAAAACGUAAUAUUUAAUUAAAUAAUUAACUGAGUUCCGCUGCUAUUCCACUGUUCCUCAAAUUAAAAAAAAAAAGAUAAAUAAAAAGAGAGGAAAACUUAAUUUCACUGGCUCAUAUCGUGAUAGAAAUAUUCAGUUCGAUGUAAGACGCUAAGGGAAAGAAAAAAAAUGUAUAUCCUCGAAGGAAAUAUAAAACUUUACCGCAUUCCAGACAAUGUUACUAAUAGUGGAUAGUUGUACUAUCUGAAUUGCUCUAAUCAGGCAUAUUCCAUUGGAAAAGUUCUUUCUCAUUGAAUGAAUUUUGGAUUUUUUGUUUGAAGAAAAAAAUGAAAAAAGUAAGUUCAGAUUCUCGACUCUUUUUCUUUAAAAUUUAUAAAUGUAUAUAAAUCAUAAAUGUAUAUGAAAAAAACCUCCCGAAAAAUAAACAUUAUUUUCUGGUUGAUCCACAGAUCAAA